AUCACUCGAGCGGAUAUCAUACUCGAUAACAGUUAGGUGUAUUCUCAAUAAUGAAAUUAUGUUGAAAAAUAUAACGCCGGAGAAAGCAAUCGCGUUCACGCGAUACAGUGUGGCAUUGACAUGUUGCUGGCCAGUUUCCUCGAAUGCAACUAGGUUUCAGCAGAUCCGCAUCAGGAUCUCCAGAUCUGCGGUGCUUUUAAACGCUUCCCUCCUCUUGCUGCCGUUAAUAUACUCUUCAUACAUCAACUACGUGUAUAACGAUCACGUUGGUUUCUCCAAAGCCAUAUGCAUUUUAAUAGCUGCUGUGCAGGUGCUCUUGAACACGUUCGUCUGUAUCGUCGAAUAUGAUCGUUUUUUGGAGCUGAUCGUAGAAAUGGAAAAGUGUUGCAAGGAAGCAAAGCCGUAUGAGAGACAAGUGUAUCAAACGUACGUUGAUAAAUACUCCACGUUCUAUACGGUGUUUACGAUAUGGUCCUACCUGACACCGUCCACCAUAUCGAUUGGAACAUUGUUCAUACCCCAGCCCUUUCCAACGAACGCUGAAUACCCGUUUCCCGUUGAUUAUCAACCCCUCAAAACCAUAAUAUUCCUCCAUCACUGGCUCUUUCUCCUUCAAUGCGCUGCGCACGUGUGCAUCAACUUGCUUUGCGCUUUGCUGAUGUGGUUCGCCGCGGCUCGUUUCGAGAUCUUGAAGAUGGAACUGCGCGAAGUGAAGAAUUCCAACGAAUUGAUCGAUUGCGUGAAAAAGCAUCAUAAUGUGAGAAGAUACGCGAAGGAAGUGUCGAGUGCUUCUCGGUUUAUAGCUUUGAUUACGGUGAUGCUGUGCGGCAUGGAGCUUGUGUUCUGCGGUGUUAAUUUCAUUGAACGGCAGCCACCCACUGUGAUAGUACAAUUUAUGGCUUUGUCUGGGACUGGGCUGAUCGAAGUUUUCAUGGUCGCCUGGCCAGCUGAUCACCUGUUGGAUUUGAGCGAAAAUUCUAUGCGAGGUGUAUACGAAUCACGAUGGUAUCUACAAUCAACGAGUAUGCAGAAAGACAUGCUGAUCAUGUUGUUACCUCAGGCACCGGUGGGCAUUAAGAUCGUGUAUAUUAUCCCAACUUUGUCACUGAAUUACUACUGCUCGUUCGUUUCAAACGUGUUAUCUCUGUUCACUGUUUUGCGAGCUACGAUACAAGAAGAUGAUAUAUAACGAUUGAAGG